CAGACAGAGAGAGAGAGAGAAAGACAGAUCCCCUUUGGCUCUUUGUCUUUUUUUUUUUUUUUACACUUUAUUCUCCUGAAUUUUCUCCUCAGUUAUCUCUGAGAAGGAAAAUGUCAGGAUCUGAGUCAGGUGUAAUGGCGGGGAGCAGAGAAUCACAAAUGAAGUUUACAAUGGUUCUUCACCAGCAGCAGCAGCAGCAGCAAGCUCCCCCGCAGCAGCAACACAGCCAAGCUCCCCCCCAGCAGUCUCAGAACAUGCAAUUGUCAUUUGGUGACGAAGAUGGAAAUGAUGCUCUUUACAAGCAGCCGAUGAGGAGGUCACCAUCACCACCGCAGCAGUACCAACCUGGUGAGAACCCUGUCUUGAACAUGAACAUGCCCGGAGCUGAGCCUGGAACCAUGGCUGAGGGUGGGCCAGUGAAGAAGAGGAGAGGUAGGCCGAGGAAGUAUGGACCUGAGAGUGGUGAGAUGUCACUUGGCUUGGUUUCCGGAGCUCCUUCUUUCACGGUGAGCCAGCCUAGUGGUGGCAGCAGAAGCGGCGGAGGAGGAGGAGAGAAGAGGAUGAGAGGAAGGCCUCCUGGUUCUAGCAAUAAGCCAAAGCUCCAAGCUUUAGGCUCAACUGGAACGGGAUUUACCCCUCAUAUACUUACCGUGAGGGCUGGAGAGGAUGUAGCAUCCAAGAUAAUGGCCUUAACUCAGAAUGGGCCACGUUCUGUGUGUGUCUUGUCUGCAAAUGGAGCUAUCUCCAAUGUGACUCUUCGCCAGUUGGCCACGUCUGGUGGAACCGUUACAUAUGAGGGGAGAUAUGAGAUUCUGUGUUUAUCGGGAUCGUUCCAUUUGAUGGUGAGCAAUGGUCACAAAAGCAGAAGCGGAGGUCUAAGCGUGUCCUUAUCAGGUCCGGAUGGUAAUGUCCUAGGUGGUAGCGUAGCUGGUCUUCUUAUAGCAGCAUCACCUGUUCAGAUUGUUGUUGGGAGUUUUAUCCCAGAAGGACAGAAAGAACCGAAACCACAUGUGGGACAAAUGGACCUAUCACCACCCACAAUACCGCGUGUGGCCCCAACGCAGGUGCUGAUGAUGGCUCCGAGUAGCCCGCAGUCUCGAGGCACAAUGAGUGAGUCAUCUUGUGGAGGUGGACAUGCGAGCCCUCUUCAUCAGAGCACAGGAGGACCGUACAAUAGCACCAAUCAUACCAUGCCCUGGAAGUAACCAAGUGAUCUUGGUCUGUUUAAAAAACCAACAACUUCCUAUUAUUGGAGUGAUUUGAUGAUUUCUAUCCUUUUUAGGUUUUCUAAUUGUCUCUUCAGACAAGAUUAAUAACUUUUAUCUAUUUUCUAUUUUGGUGUACUUUCAGAACCAUAAUUUAUUUCAGAGAUUAGAAUAUCCUAAUUAAUGUAGAUCUUUCUUUUA